CAUCUACAAUUAUAUCACUAGUGUACCCUCCCUGUCACUAUAGACUCUGAGAUCUGUCUCAUUAUUCCGCUUCGUCCCUAGUCCGUCCUCGUGACCUAUAUAUUGAACGUGUCAUACCAAUUCUACGCUGUAUACCAGUACGCUCUGAGCACUACCAAAUGGUUAUGGAUAUCACCAAGGUCUCUGAGCCUCCUAUGGUGCACACUGAACUCCCGGAAGAGCUUCUCGCUACCGCGGUUCCUCCUAGUGACAUCCUUAUUGCGCCGCUUGACCUAGAAGAAAGCCCCAAGAUUCGCACAAAGCUGCGUCUAUACAUUAUCCUAACGGCGCUCUAUCUCGCCCUGUUCCUAUCCGCCCUCGAUACAACCAUUAUCGCACAAUCAAUUCCGACAAUAUGCACUGAUCUGUGCUCUGCUGCGGGCUACGUUUGGAUUGGCAGCGCCUACCUGCUGGCCAACGCCGCUACGGGUCCAAUCUGGGCGAAAUUCAGUGACAUUUGGGGCCGUAAGCUUGUGCUCCUUACAGCAGUCAGCUUAUUUGUAGCCGCCAGUAUACUUGCGGCGCUAAGCAUCAAUAUGCCCCUGCUGAUUGCUGGACGAGCGCUGCAAGGCGUAGCUAGCGGUGGCCUGGUGCAAUUAUCGAUCAUCAUCAUCUCAGAUCUCUUCAGUGUGCGCAAGCGAUCACUAUAUCUGGGCUUCUCUGGUUUUGUGUGGGCUCUGGCUGGAUCCGCUGGACCGCUGAUCGGGGGAGCCUUCACACAGUCCGUUACUUGGCGCUGGUGCUUCUGGAUCAAUGUACCCAUAUGUGGCAUCACGUUUGGCCUUUUGCUACUUUUCCUGGACGUGAAUAACCCGCUCACGAAGCUAGGCGAAGGCCUCAGGGUCGUUGAUUGGUUUGGAAUCCUCUCUAUCCUGGCAAUAACCACUCUACUUCUCGUUGGACUGGAUUUCGGCGGGACGAUAUUUCCCUGGAAUAGCCCGAAAGUCAUCUGCUUGAUUGUGUUCGGGAUGUUAAUAAUCGGCUUCUUCCUCUUAAACGAGAAACGCCUGGCCAAAUACCCCCUCAUGCCGCUGGUCGUGUUUAAAAGCUGGUCUAACGAUGCAGUUUUCCUUGUCGUCUUUUCGCACGGUAUGGUCCUCAUCGGCAUCGAAUAUUAUAUGCCGCUAUACCUUCAAAGCGUACAACAAGCCUCGCCUCUCCGGAGCGGCGUUUUACUACUACCACUAAUAGUAGUACAAGCCGUCGGCGAAAUUAUAGCCGGCUUCCUAAUUCAUCGCACAGGCUGCUAUAGAGAGUUCAUAUGGGCUGGUUCACUACUCAUGAUGAUAGGGACAGGGCUGUACAUAUUUUUUGGAGCUGAGACGUCGGUUGCAGUAGUCGUUGGAUUGGAAAUCGUUGGUGCUCUCGGCCCUGCACUUCUUUUCCAAGCGCCUACGGUUGCUAUCCAGAAUACUGUUAGCCAGGGUGAUACUGCGGCAGCCACCGCAUCUUUGCUGUUUCUCCGGAGCAUUGCCAUGUCACUGUCUAUUGUAGUCGGCGGUGUGGUAUUCCAAAACAGUAUGGAUGCUCGGCAAUCAUCUCUUGCUGCCGCUGGCCUCAGCGCAUCUGUCCUCGAGGCCCUAUCGGGUAGCCAGGCAGUAGCAAACGUGGGCAUCACGCAGUCGAUCCAGGACGCUUCACAACGUCAAUUGGUCUUAGAGGCUUUCGCGUGGAGUAUGAGGAACAUGUUCAUAUUGUAUACGUGCUUGGCGGCUAUUGCCGUAGUAGCCAGUAUGUUCAUCAAGCACCGAAAACUGAACACGGAGCACACCGAGACGACGACGGGAAUACAGCAUUUGGCAAAGGUUAAAAUUGCUAAAGAGUGAUUGAAAAGGAAACGCAAGCUUAAUUUUGCAAUAUUAGCCCCUUUUUAAGAAAGAAGAACGCUUUCUGGUUACCUAUCCUGAAUAAGCAUUAUCCUCCAUCUCUCUAAACCAAGCCUUGUCCUCUUCUUCUUCCUCCUCCUACUUCUUACCUCCACCCAUAGCUUUCUUCUCUACGUUCUUAGCUAACAACUCAUCAGGAGUGCCAACCUCCAGCACUUUACCCUUGUA